AUGGCGGUCACCUAUCUCCCCGAAUAUGAAAGCGACGAACCACCACACCUGCAUCACGGUCUCGAGCCCGCCAUUCCGCCCUUCGCCGGCCGUGUCGGGGGAAACCAGGACUUUGUCAUUGACCGCAGCGAUCCCAAGAAUUCCAAGGUCCUCGAGAAGCUCCCGGAUGCAGCGCCAUGCAUGACACUCGGAGAGAUUUUUGAUCCACGCGGAUUUCUCAGCGCGGAUCUAUGGAAAUUCGCCGUCCUCGAAUGCAUCGCCAGCACGAUGAACGUCUUCAUCACCACCUGGGUCACCACCCACCCGUUAUCCGCCACCACUGCCCCAACAACCCAAGCCGGCGUCUACGCCACCGUGACCUUCUUUUCUCCAGCUUUCGGCGGCCUCACUAACCUCCUCCUCACCCCGCUCCUCAUCUACACCUUCUCCCCUUCCAGCGGCGGCCACAUCAGCCCGACCAUCACCCUCGCCACCUUCUUCGCCCGCAUCAUCUCCUUCCCGCGCAUGGUGCUCUACCUAGCCGGUCAGACCCUCGGUGGUGCCUUGGCGGGGUUCGCUCUGCAUAGCGCGUACGGAACUCGGGCCUUCACCGUCGGCGGAUGCCACAUCGAUACCUCCAUGGUAUCUGCGUCUGAUGGUCUCGUGAUCGAGUUCUUUGCCUGCUUGAUCUUGAUAUUCCUUGCUUUCGGGGUGGCUUUGGAUUCACGACAGGCCAAGGUGUUCGGACAUGCCGUGUCGCCGUGGUUGGUGGGGGUAGUCUUGGGGGUGGUGACAUGGGGGACGGCCUUUACCAGAGAGGGAUACAUCGGUGCUAGUGUCAACCCGGCAAGAUGUCUGGGUGCUUAUGUCGCGAGCGAAUUCCCGGAUUAUCAUUGGAUUCACUGGAUCGGUCCUCUCGCUGCAGCGGCUGCCCAUGGAUUAGUUUAUUUUGUGGAUCCGCUGUGGAAGGAUCCUCGAGUGGAGUAA